AUGCCGUCCUUCCAUAUAUUCCUAUACAUUUUAAUUUUUUGUGUUCUUGUUCAUAUAUGUCCUAUUCAUACUUUAAAUAUUUUUAAAAAUGAUGAAAACGAAAAGGGGUCUUUAAAUAUCCCUCUAGGAAAAGAAAACAGUUUAUUUUUUAAUGAAAUAAAAUUAGAAAAUAGAUUUAAAAAUAAUAUGAAAGGAUAUAUACAAAAUGUUCAGAAAUUUCAUUAUCUUAUGGAAAAAAAUAAACCAAAUGUAUUAUCAUAUAUCCAAGAAGAUUUAUUAAAUUUUCAUAAUAGUCAAUUUAUUGCUGAUAUAGGGAUAGGAAAUCCACCUCAAGUAUUUAAGGUGGUUUUUGAUACAGGGUCGAGUAAUCUAGCAAUUCCAUCAACAAAAUGUAUCAAGGGAGGUUGUGCUUCCCAUAAAAAAUUUAAUCCUAACAAGUCCAGGACCUUUACCAAAAAUUUAAAAAACAAUCAAGAAUCAGUCUACACAUACAUUCAAUAUGGCACAGGAACAAGCAUCCUUGAACAAACAUAUGAUGACGUCUAUUUAAAGGGAUUGAAAAUUAAACAUCAAUGUAUAGGAUUAGCCAUAGAAG